UAUUUCCCAACAAUGACCAGAGAAUUUCAUACUAAACAAACCAUAUUUGAACAGAAAAUAACACUGACACACAAAAUCCCACCGCAUCCGCCGCCGUCACUCCGUCAUCCACCGCCGCCACUUCACCGGAGCACCAACGAACCACCCCCUCAUUCCUCACACCACUGGUAUGUUGCAUCGUUUUUUCAAUUUUCGUUUUCCUCUCUUCAAAAAACCAUUCUCCACAGCACUUUCACUCUGUUUCUCAGAUACCCAUUUCACAAAACCCUCAAAAAUCUCAUCUUUUCACCCCAACACCUCCCAAGUCCUCCAAAAAUUCCACCUUUAUCAAAACAACCCUUCUCUUGCUCUCUCUUACUUCACUCACCUCACCCAACAAGGUUUCUCUCACAACAUUCAAACCUAUGCUUCCUUCAUUAGAAUCCUAUGUUACUGGAAUUUGAAUAGAAAGUUGGAUUCUUUGUUCAUUGACAUCAUUGCCCAUUCCAAACAAGACCCAUCAUUUCAAAUUCAUGAAUUGUUUGAAUCACUCUUUCAUGAUGUUGAGGUUAAAAAUCAUUACUUGUUUAGAGCUUUUCAUGUGUUUGUGAAAGCUUGUGUUUCCCUUAACAUGUUUGAUGAAGCUAUUGAUUUCUUGUUUGAGUUUCAAGUUAAGAGGUUUAGGGUUCUUCCAAGUGUAUUUUGUUGUAACUUUCUUAUCAACCGUUUGGUUAUGUAUGGUGAAGUUUAUAUGGCUUUGGGGGUUUAUAAUGAGAUCAAGAGGCUUGGUGUUUGUCCUAACCAUCACACUUAUGCUAUUAUUAUUAAAGGGUUGUGUAAGAAAGGCGAUGAUUUGAUUCACGCGUCUCGUGUUUUUGAUGAGAUGGUGGAGGCCGGGGUGAGUCCGAAUUCGUAUUGUUACGCGGCUUUUAUUGAGGGGUUGUGUAAGAAUAAUAUGUCGGAUUUGGGGUAUGAGGUACUUCAAGAACGGAGAAAGAGUAAUGCGCCUAUUGAGGCUUACGCGUAUGCGGCAGUUAUUCGUGGGUUUUGUAAUGAAAUGAAGUUGGAUCAAGCCGAGAGUGUGUUUUUCGACAUGGAAUGGCAGGGGAUUGUUCCUGAUUUUCAUGUUUAUUCUUUGUUGAUCCGUGGAUAUUGUAAGAUCGGUGAUUUGUGUAAAGCUGAAGUUUUGUACGACGACAUGGUUUCGAAGGGUAUAAAGACAAAUUGUGUGAUUGCUAGUUGUAUUCUUCAUUGCAUGAGUGGGAUGGGAAUGGAUUCGAGAGUUGUAGAUAGGUUUAAAGAGUUAAAGAAUUCGGGCGUGUUUCUUGACGGGGUAGCAUACAAUAUCGUAUUUGAUUCUUUGUGUAAAUUGGGUAAGGUGGAUGAUGCGGUAGAUAUGCUGGAGGAGUUGAAAUCUAUGCGUAUCGAUUUAGAUAUCAAACACUACACGACUUUUAUUAACGGUUACUGUCUUCAAGGGAAACCCGAUGUAGCAUGUAGUAUUUUCAAAGAAAUGGAAGAAAAAGGAUUUAAACCCGAUGUUGUUGCGUAUAAUGUACUAGCCGCCGGUUUGUUUAGAAAUAAUCAUGCUUGUGAGGCGAUUGAGCUUUUGAAUUGUAUGAUUAAUCAAGGUGUGGAACCGAACGCUACUACACAUAAGAUUAUCAUCGAAGGUUUGUGUUCAGAAGGCAAGGUGGAAGAAGCCGAGGCAUAUUUUAACGUUCUGAAAGUUAAAAGUGUCGAAAUCUAUUCUGCCAUGGUUAAUGGCUAUUGUGAAGCCGGUCUUGUUGAAAAAUCAUGCGAGCUUUUCUGCGAGAUUUCAAACGAAGGAGAUAUUUCAGAAGAAACUCCCGGUUUUAAGAAACUUAGCAAAGUAAUGUAUUCUAAAGUAUUAGCUGCGUUGUGCCGGGAAGGGAAUUUAGAACAUGCUCGAUCGUUGUUUGAUUUUUUCCUCGAGAGAGGGUUUACACCCGAUGUUGUAACUUACACGAUUAUGAUAAAAAGUUAUUGUAGAUUGAAUUGCUUGCAAGAGGCUCAUGAUCUCUUCCGGGACAUGAAGAGCCGAGGGAUAAAACCGGAUGUAAUUACCUACACGGUUCUACUCGACGGGAGGUUCAAACAAGUGAAUUUAAAACAGCAUUUCUCGUCUCAACACAAAAAAGGAAGUGAUGCAACGUACGGUGUUUCGACUAUCUUGACAGACAUGGAGCAAAUGAAAAUAAGUCCAGAUGUUGUUAUUUACACUGUUUUGAUUGACGGAUACGUAAAAGUCGAUAACUUUCAAGAAGCGAUUAGAUUCUUUAAUGAAAUUAUUGAGCUGAGACUAGAACCGGAUAAUGUAACUUACACCGCUCUACUUUCUGGUUUGUUAAACCGCGGGCACACCGAGAAAGCUGUUAUAUUGUAUAACGAAAUGUCUUCCAAGGGAAUGAUACCGCCCUUGCCUAUCGUCUCGAAGUUAAAACGUCAAGUUAUAAAAGCUAGAAAGGUGCAAUUUCAAAAGUAGUUAGUCAGUUUUGACUGUUGGUGCUUGGAGUUAUACCAACAAGUUUGAAAUUCCAUCUGGUUGAUACCUAAAGACUUCAAAUCUACCAAUAGGCGGGGUCUAAAGGGCAUCGAUCUACAACAACGUGGCGAAUCAAAGUUCAAAUUUUGGGUGGGAGAGGUUUCCUCUAGUUCAACAGUGCCUUAAACAUAAUAUUCCGAUUUAUUGAAAUACGUUGAAAGCACCAUUCUUGACAAAGUGAAUGAGAAGUUUGUUUGUGCGUGGACUGAUAAGGUCCGACACCUUGGGAAUACAACCAUCAAUAGAGUUGAGUCGGCACAUGCUACUUUGAAAAAUUAGUUGUGUAAUAGCAAGGGUGAUUUUUGUCGAGGUUGGAACACCAGAAAUCUCAUGAUUUCGAACCAACAUAACGAGAUACAAACCACAUUCGGUCGGAGCAUUACGGUGUUGGAGCAUCGAGUUAAGGAUAACAUCCUUUAUAUGUUUAUGUGUUCGUGUCACUUUUAUUCUAACAUUCCCACUACUGCUACUGCCUUCUGUUGUGUUAAAAAAAAAACUAACAGGAAAAUUUUCGUAGAUGUAUCUACGGAAGGGUCUGAAAUUGAAAAUUAUGGGUGUUUACCGUAGAUGCAUCUAUGGAACGGAGAAAUCUAUGACCCUUCUGUGGAUAUAUCUAUGGAAUGGUCUGUGACAGAAAUUGUGUGGUCCAUAUUCACCAAAGGCUUCUAUAAAUUAAGGGUUUCUAGGGUUGCAUUACACACAAACACAAACCCUAAAUACAAACACAAACACAAAGAUGGCUCACAUAAGACCUUGUUCAUGGCAGCGAACAUCAUUCGAGCGUCCUGAUCCUGAACCGGUUUAUCGCAGAAGGGAUGGACAUGUUAUUUUCUCUUUCGUCAAACCCCUCAUGCCGGUUAAAUUUUGGAAAAUCAAUUCCUUCGACCAACUCAAGAGGACUUUGAUGUCUCUUUUAGAGGGGGAGUACAAACCCGACGAAGUCAUCAGAAGGAUCCAGAGGCUUAGAACAAGGACGUCGUCUGAGACCGGAGAAAAUGAACAUUGGUGGGAUGAAGUGGAAGGCGACGUUGAUUUCAUUCUAAUGAUGCAUAGAUUGGAUGACGUUGUUUUAACUAUUGUAAUUUCUUAGAUCUCUUAGUUUUCUUAAUUUUCUGUUGGAAAUUUCGAUGUAUCUUUUAAUAAAUGUUGAUUUUAAUCAAUGAAUGAA